CCGUUCCCCACAUCAACGGCGGCGGGUCGCCCCGCGUCUCGUCGCAGCAGCCGCAGCAGCAGCAGCAGCAGCAGGAGGUCCCGAACCAAGGCGGCGGCCUCCGCCCGCCCACCCCGCCUGGCGGCGGCUCUCUCAGCGACGAGAUCAGCCGCAUCCAGAGCCCCAGCAUCUCCAAGAGCGUGCUCGAGCCGCUGCAGCGCAAGAUGCUCGAGUACCACACCCUCAUGGAGGACGCCCAGGGCCAGAUGGCCCAGCUCGACGAGGAGCUGCGCGCGCUGCAGGACCGCCGGCGCCUCGCCGAGCAGCGUUUCAUCGACGCCAAGGCCAAGCACGACGAGUACGAGCGCCAGCACCUCGACGUCGAGCGCGCCCUGCGCGGCGACUUCCCCCCUCCGCCGCCGCCGCCCCAGAUGCAGCAGCACCAGCAACAGCAGCAGCACAUGUACAACGGAAACAGCCCGCCGAGAACCGCGCCCAGGCCGGCCUCGAGCAUCAUGAGCUACGACGAGCGGCCGAUGAGCGGGCACAGCUCGGUUCCCAGGAAGGGAAAGCUGCGGUUCAGCCUCUUUGGGAGGUAAGGGACAUGGACAACUUUUUUUUUUUUUGUUGCUCAAAGGGGGUUGCUCUUUUUGUGCUCCCCAAGCAAGCGGCCACAGAGAAGGGGUUGCUUCUUGUUUCUUGUUUCUUUUUCUUCUUGUUUUAAUAUCUUGAUAGAUAUUUGGCGGGUUUGACACUCGGGAAACGGCAAAUAUGGACGAAAGACAAAAACACCACGACGGGACGGGAGGGGUGUACGUAAUGACAAGGGACAAACGUAGAAUACGGCAUAAAUGAGAUCAUAUGUUUACAGGC